UAUAAACAUAAAUGGGAUCCAGGACAUAUUAUGCCAAUUCGGUUAGAAUAUCACACGGAACGGCAAAUCGCACCUGGAUUAUCCGCAUCGGCGCGAAUCCGGAAGCAAAGCAAAAUAGCUUUUAAUAACAACCUAAUACAGUCCGCCGCAUUUCUUACGCGAAUAAUGCUGUAAAAAGUAGCAUCGGUCGCAACGCACGGGAAAGGAAGUGAAGUGUUUUGAUUUUGGGUUAUACGCGGUCCAAGCCAAACGCACGGGGCUUUGGAAGUGUGUUUCGAUUUACCAAGGUGCAAAGGGGACGCGCACGGCGUUAAAUGUGAACGAAAAUGUGGCCAAUGAAACUGGACAUGACCCGGGAGGAGUGUCGGGGUGUGCUGCGACGGCUAGAGCUCGAAUCAUACGGCACCUUGAUAAGUACGUUUCGGGCCCAGGGCAGCUUAAGCAAGGAAAAGCAACGCCUUCUGGAGGAGCUACGCCGAAUGCUACACAUUUCGAACGAUCGGCAUAGGGCAGAAGCGAGACGCGUUGCAAACGAUGAGCGACUCACUACGGUUGCUGAAAUCAUCGCUGGUCCUAACAGUGGUCAAGACUGGCGACGCGAAGGGCAUCGUACCUUUCCUAUCCUGCCCCGAACGGUACCUCACACGGCUUUGACGUAUAUUGCCAAUACGGUGUUUGAACAAUUGACUCUAGCGAAUGCUAAACUACCACAUCCAGCCGAUACUGGGUGCGAUCGACUCAAGAAUGCCGAUGAGAUGUUUAAGUUCGAGCUGGUUAGGAAAGAAUCGACAUUGUUCGAGAAUGGGUUUGUACGGGAUGCUGCUGUUGUUACUUCGGAUCCGCUACAGGAUAUAAUGACCAAGAGCUAUAUCAAUCACGAGGAGAAACGAACCGACGCAUCUAGAACGGAAGAAAAACCUACCUUAGACCCUGUACCAGACAGUGAUGUGACGUUGCCGAAUGGCGAUAAAACAACCGCUGGCCCUUCUGAGCCUGUACCGGAUCAGUCAUCUUUGUGCGAUAUACUAUUAAACACGAAUAAUCGCUCGGAAUGUGCGGACCGUUUGCAGCCCAAAUCAAAUAAGCCGACGGCAGAUCGGUCGCCUAGAAAAAAGCCACAGGCUGCUAAGCGAACUUGGAAAUCGAAAGCGUCCUACCCGCCUGCCAAACUGUUCAAACAAGCAACAUUGUCUAAGAAUGGGAAGCAAUCUUCGAGAGCGAACAACCUGCACAGUCCACACCUGAUUCAUUCGUACGCGGUACCUUUCGAUGCAAAGGAUGGCACAGCGAACGGUGGCCCAACGCCGGAACCGUUACAGUUACAACAGCACCUAAUGGCUAAUUUACCAUCGCAAAAUCAAGCAACCAACCAGGGUGCGCCGAUGGGACAAAUGGUAAAAUCGCAACAAUUCUCAACGCCGGCUAACUUUGGCGCUUCCGGAGGAGGUACAGCGCCAUCCCCAAUGUACAAUCAUCAGCAAGGAAUCCUGCCAUCGUCCAAAAAGGACAUACAGUACAAUUUGUCCAAGUUGAACCCAACCAGCAGCCUGGGAACGAAGGGGAAUGUGAACAUUCCCAUGAAAGGCAUCGGUUUCUAUUCCCACGGCAAGUCCCUGCCACAUCCCCUGCUGCACUAUCAAAAGAAAUCGCCCAGCAAAAAUAUUCUAAUACCUACUUCAACCGCGGCAGCUACGUUGGCCAGUUUGGGCCUGCCCACUCCACUCCAUCCACCGCUGAUGGACAAUUCUAACAAUUGGGUAAGCUCGAAGGUUCGCGACAACAACACGAAAUCCUCGAAGAAUGUGAAACCAACGACGACGGUUGAAACUGUAACGGACCGGUCAGGAGUCGCGACCGAUGGUAAGCGAAACGUAUCGUGGACAGAGCCAACCGUCAGCAAUCCUACACGUCCCAGUAUUCCCGUUCCAGUGGCGUCAGAAAACGCGGAUCCAAGGGUUGAAAAAAGCUCUCUUGCCAAGCCGAUCGUGACUUCGAAUCAUGCCAUACAAUCGCCGGUCACGAACAAUGUUCCUGUUCCGGUGCAACCGAACCUGGCUGGGUUUACGGCGGUAAAAAGCGGAACCAAGCUGUCUGUGCACAAAAUGCAACUGGUACCCGUUACCGGUGCCACGCCAAACGCUCCACUGACUCCGAUAGCACCGAAAAGCAAUGUCAUUAUCCUGCCGAAAUCGUCGGCCGUGGCGGGCGUGCUGAAUCUGGGCCAGAAGAUCACUAUCCCGAAAAGCAUUGUAGACUCAUCGACGAUCGUGCCACCGGCAGUUACGAGUCCACCGAAGGUAAUUGUUCAAACUGUUCCCAAUCCGUACAGUGUGACGACGACGGCGACGUUCGACAUGAACAUCUAUCGGCAAAACGCGGUACCGUCUCCCAAGCUGCGUGUUAAUGAAGAGAACGCAAGUAGCCCCGUCUCUGUGACGGCGCAUAAAGAACUUGGCGAGACAUCCGCCGACGAGCGAUCUUCGGUACCGUAUGCUCAAAAGCGUGCAUCUUCCGUUACCAUUGCCUGUGAUGCGGUACCCGGGAGGAAGAUAAAAAUUUCCACCAGUCAGCUGGUUCCUUUUAAGGGCACGUUGCAUUCGACCACGCUCCCAUCCACCAAUGCAGGCUGCGUAACGAUAGGAGCUAAGAAGAUGAAAGUUAGCUCAGAUACUACUUCUCCUAGUGGUGGUGCUGCUGCUGCAGGUUCCACCGUUCGUGUGGGUUCUCAUGAGACGGAUUGGGAGAAUGAACUGGAUCGUGCAAAUUGUACGCAAACUCCAAACGAACACACAUCAUCGGUUAAAGACGCGCUGAGCUCCACGACUGUUAGCUCCACUAAUUCCAAUGCUCAAGCAGAUCCUGCAGCAAUCAGCAAUUCAACGAUAGUGCACAAAGCAGAAGAUAGCAUAGUGACGAGUGACGAAAACCAAUGCAUCGACCACAGGAAUGAUGAUACUGACGGUGGCAAAGCAGUGCCCAGCACCGUCGUCGACAACCAGCUAUCAGAAGGACCGAUGGACACAUCGUCGCAGAGCGAGUACGACAUGGUGUCGAUGGAACGGGGCGAUGAUUCAUCCGUGACGGAUUCUGCCGAUGCGGAGGAUGAUCUCGAUGACGAAGAGAGCCAGACAGAGGAAUGUGACGGAGUGGAGGAAGAUGAUUUCGGCGACGAACCGGUGGAGGUCGAAAUGGAAACGGAAGCAAUCAUCAUUGAGGAGGAACCGGCAAACUACGAUCAUUUGAUCGAGGAAGUGCCCGAAGAUGAGCAGUUCGUAGAGGAAGAGGUAGAGGAUGGUCCGAUGGAAUUUAUCAGCGUUGGAUAUGGUACGACGGGCGAACUAGUUGCCGAGCUGGAAAGCAGUACUGCCGCGCAGCAAUUCAUGGAAGCGAACGGUGAGGUGGUGCAUGAAGAAUCGGUCACCAAUUAUGAUCACAGCUCGGAAGGGUUUGCUGCAACCGUCGAAAAUGGCAACUUGCAAACGUUGACCGUGUCGGACGGCAUCGUGUGCGAUCUGUUGGAGAUGGACUCGGACGGUAAAUAUCACGCGCGACCCUACUCUUACAAGCAAAUGCUCGCGGAAGGUAUGCCCUCCGCUGUGCCGGAAGCGGUCAAACAGCAACAUCCAACGGUCAGAUUAAGCUAGGUGUAAGCUCACGCAAACGAAACUAAAAGCAACAAUACGUACCCGGGCAAGUAAUACACAAGUACAAGUAGUUUUUUGGGACGGUUGGAAGUUAUCAACUCGAUAUACGGGCUCAAUACACAGUGCAGUGUACAAAGGAAGCAACGAUUUAAAAUGACGAAGUUCAGUGGUCUUACUGCGUACGUUGCUUUGCCUAUUUAUUUUGGAGCCAUUUAUUUUGAUAAACUUUUUUUUGUAUGAAAUUUUUAUGGCAUAAAAAACAAUGAAAUUGUUUGAUUUUUGUUGUACGAUUGGGAUUGUGGAUAUAGGUUCUUAGAAAAUGCUACCGUCCCGCGAAAGCAUACGGUAGAUUUGGUUGAAUGGAUUAUGUUAAAUCGACCGGCUCUUUUGUGAACUGUUGCAUAGCACAACUUACAUUAAUUAAUGCUAGUAUGGCUUCAUAAAUACCUCAAAACAGUUAUGUCAUUUACAUACAUUUAUCAUUUCUGCUCUACAUUAACUCAUACUCGUAAGGCGCGUCAGGGGAAGAGGAAUCACAUUUGUGCAGCACAUUCGGUGGACUUUAAGCGUCGUUUAUUUUUGUACACUGUAUAUAGAUAGGGUUUAACUGAUUUUUACGUCAUUUCAAGUGUAGAAUUCACAUGAAGUGUAUGAUGCGGCACUCUGCGUCACUAGUUAAUCGAAUUACAUGGUUAUCAAGCGGAGCGGCGUUUCGAUUUUUAAACCUACUUGUAAGAUAUUACUAUCCCAUGAACGGGGUAGCCCCCCGCAUAACGUAACGCGUUCGUCAGAUGCAUAUAUAUUAACUUUACCUUACUUACUGGGGUAAGAAGCGGGGUAGAAGAAGUCUUAACCUGAGGUCGACAUUUAAGCAGUAAGCAUAGCUAUAAGCGUCGUGAUGUAAAAGUUCAUCCUUUUUUUUUUAUUCUUCCACCCAUCGAAGCUGUUAUCGGUUCCGAACUUGCGGUUCCGUAUGUUGCACUGAAAGAUGAUGAGACAGUUUUGCAUAUUAAAUUCAGCUAGUUAAGCAUAUUAAGUUCUUCUGAUUCAUGAAGCGUGAAAUCGUGCGAGCAAUGAAAGGGCAAUGUAAACGAUCUGUUCAGUUAUAAAGUUUGUAUCAUUAUGUUUUAAGCUAUCGUGUUGAGAAAAUGUUGAAAUGGAAAAAAGGAUUUUUUUUUUUUUGUACAUUUUUGAACGAUAGGAACGAUUGUUGUAAAGGGGGCGAUCACGAAUGGGCAACAAAUUGUAAUCCUAAUGUAAACUGGUGGAUAUUAAUGCUGACUAGAGUUGACUACACGAUGGAAAUAAAAUUAAACAAUUGAAACAAAACUGA